CAUUGGUAUCUGAGUUUUGAUUGGUGGAUGGCAGCUAGGUCAAAUGGUAAAUGGUUUUAGGAAGAAGGGAGAGUCAGUGGUAGCUGGUGAAGGAUGAAGGCAGCACACGCUGUCUCUAGCUGUAUACUAGCCAUGGCGAUGUGGUUGGCCAUGGUAGCCAUGUUAGUGGCGUGUGGAGUUGCUGGUGUCCAGGUGGAGAGACUGACGGCCACACCUGUACUACUAUCAUCACUAAACCCUAGACAGUUGGAUAUGGUAUUGGACUCGAGGCUGGCCAUGCUGAAGGAAGAGAUACUUAACAUCUAUGAAGAAGAGCUGAGGAAACACGAAGGAACUAUAGAGACGGUGCAUAGAGCAAGACGUGUUCCACCACCCUCUCCUCUUCCUGGUGACCUGUGGCAUUCUUAUACCUUCAACACUGGUGUGGGUAACAGGGAAGAGGUUGAGAUUGAAGGUGUGGAAAGUGUUGGUAAUCUGGGACCUGUGGAUAUAGACAGAGUAUUUCCACUAAACUUGCCAGACAUCCCAGCCAUCUACAAAAGUGGUAAUGGGCUGAGCUACAUUGAAGUGAAUGGAUCGUUGGUAGUGCUGAAGAUUCGUAAUAGGUGGACUAGCAGCUCUACUGGCUGUGAAUGUAAUGAGGGGACAAACUCUAUGGAGUGUGCAUGUUGCAUGCCUGGAGGCUGCUUGUGCAGAAGAUCUGAAGGUUACACUGGAGACACCUGUGUUGCUUGUGGCUUUCAGAGCACUACCUGUCAAGACUCUGGUAGGAGAGUGGUGGUGGAUGCUGCUACAGGAUUUACCUACAGUGUGAGACAUGGUGGUUGGCAGAGGGUUGUAGUCAUUGCACAAGGCAGCACAAUAACUUUCUACAAGGUUGUGGACCAUGAACUGUCAGAAAUAAGCAGCCUGAGUGCAGGACAGACAGUGACUGACUUAGGAUAUGGUGUGACUUUUGCUGACCAUGAAGGGAUUAUACAGAAGACAAUGUUCCUUAUUGUUUUCUCUGCUGCACAAACUCUACAAACUUUCUACAAAAUAAGUGUUGGUGCACAAUCUUCAGCUUUUGCUGUUGGCAUACCCAGAGAAUGGCAUGCAGAAGGUUCUGUUAUGAAAGUGAUGCAGAGUGGUGGCAGAGUUGUAAUAACAGUACACGAGUCUCCUAACCUCCACAUUUAUGAAUUGAAGGAAGAUUUCUGGAUGAAAUUCCAAAUCCAGAAAGUACAGACACUGGCUGCUACUUUCAACUCUUGGAUAAUGUUCAGCACAGGGUUUGAAAGUUACAUAGCAACUGUAGCUACCGACAAAAUAACAAUAUUUGUCCAGAGUGGCGUCCAGUACGAAGUUAUGCAAGUUCUGUCAACAAGCAAUGGUUUGGAGAGUUUUGAUGGACUCCUGGCAGUGCAUGUGAAAUCAUGCAGAGAGGAAGUGGUAUUGAUGACUGGAUUUGGUAAACACUUGGUGGGCAUGGUUUUUGAUCCACAAUCUUCCUCUCCAGGAUUUAAAGUGGCACUAAAAGGCAGCCUAAGUGUAGACGUAACUAGCUGGAAAAAUGGAUUUGCCUACAUUGAUUCUUCUAAUAACCUUGCUGCGGUAAUCUUGCCCACCAGCAGUGGAGCUGAAAAGUUUAUUGUUCAAGCGCAUCUAGUGGAAGUGAAAGAUCCGGUGGAAUUGCAGACCCAGGGGAUUAUAAAGGCUGUUGAUGACAUAAAGGAUGAAUAUAACCGUCAAAAGGAUAUAAUUACAGCUGCAGAAAACCUUCUGUACUAUAGUGUAGCGUCGCACAGCGACAUCCAUGCUAAUGUAACUAUCACUAGAGGAGUCUUCGUGAAUAAGACAUUAUCUACGGGAGAGCUGGAGGCUACGCAGCUGGUGUUCCCUGGUACUGUAUUGGCUGGUGGAGUGUCUCUGCAACAGUACCUAGUGUAUCUUGAACAUUUGGGUUCACCAGAUGCUGUACUAGAUGGUACUCUAGAUGAAAUCUCCUACAUUGAAUCUGUGCUAAAUGAUGCUGUACCGGCUUCUGGCAUAAUUGGAACCAUAGGUGGCCUAAAGACGAUUGCUUCAGAUCUUGACCUUAGAACUCUAGUGGCCAAGUCUGCUAUAAUUGAUAGAGGGCAGGAUGCAACUGGCAUACAUCUGAUGAAUACAUUGUCUUCACUUGUGAAAUUAAACUCUGGUUUGACGAUUAGAGGCAGGAAGACUUUCAAAAACGGGGUGAUUAUAAAUACUCUUUAUACAGAGUUCCUAGACAAUAUUCCUGUGAAUGACAUUGUCACAGUUGGUGGAAAACAAACCAUAGCUGGCUCAGCAUUUGUCAAUGAUCUGGCAGCAGAAAACAUAUAUAUGCUAGAUGGUGGCACUGUAGCAGGUCUUAAUUUAUCAGAGGCUGUGCUUCUGAAUGAACCUGCUUCUCUUGGUCACGUAUCAAUUGAGUCUGUUGCUGUGGAAGGGAACUUGGAGAUAAUGUCUGGUAUAAUUGAUGGUGUAGACCUGAACUACCUGUACAAGAAUGCCUUGCAGUUGUCUGGUGGCGAAUUAUCUGGUUCUUUAGCCUUCAGCAGCAACAUUCUGGCAAUAGAUCGCCUUGAAGGAACACACAUGAUGGGUAUCAAUGUUAGGGACUUGGCAUCUGAUAUUGUGUACAAGGAUGAAGAUGCAGUCUUGUUUGGCAAACUGAUUGUCUCUCAGUCGGUAGUUGUGGAGAAGAAUCUUUAUGCAGGUGACAUAAAUUCUAAGGAAUUUCCAGAGGAUUAUCCCUUAAAAACUGAUAACUCCCUAGUCUUUACUGAUCUGAAAAACUUUGCCAAUAUUGUUAUUGAUAAUGUAAAGUUCAGUAGCCAUGGAGUCGUAGAUGGCAUAGCUCCAGAUCGCUUUGUUACCAAAACUUCAGAUCAGGAAAUUAUUGGGGUAAAGAUAUUUGCCAAAGGUGUGAAUAUUGAAGGAGACUUGCUUAUCACAUCAAAGGUCAUUGAUGGAGUGAAUUUAGAUAAAUUGUUUGCUACCAAAGCCAAUGGAUCAAUGUCUGGAAAUUGGGACUUCAAUGUGAUAUUCAGGAAACCUGUUCAGAUGACCGGAAUUUUAUAUGAUGGUACACUAAAUGGAAUGAAUUUGUCAGCAGUUUCUGCAGACCUAGUAUACACCUUCGAAGAUCCUGUAAUAAUCACUGGGCACAAAAGGUUCCUCAGUGGCUUAUCAGUCUCCCAUGCAGAGUUGAGUGGCACCUUCAAUGAGGUGGACAUAUCUUCCUUGGUGACAACUGACACUGAAGAAAUUAAUGGAGUCAUAACAUUCCAGGAUAUUAUGUUCAAUGAACUAAUAGUAGAUAUUAUUGAUGGUGUAAAUAUAAGGCAGCUCUUAGAUUCUGCACUCUUUCUGGACAAGCCAGAUCAGGUAAUUUAUGGCAAAAAGGAGUUUCUUGGUGGCAUUACUGCUGGCAGUCUCAUUGUUGAAGGAAGAGUCAAGGGUGUAGACUUCAAAAAUGUUGUGACAAAAAGUGGCUCUCAGACAUUUGUUGCGCCUCAGACCAUGUACAGCGCAGAGUUUUCGUCAUUGUAUGCUCACACGAUAAAGAUGUCUGAUGGCUUCAGAGUGAAUGGGGUAGACUUCUCUGAGCUGGCAAGUAAGCGUAUAUCUCUAACAGAGCCUGUUAAUGUGACUGCUGCGUUGUCAGUCCUGGGACCAGUCACUGUGAUUGGUACUUUGUCAGCCGAUUAUAUCAAUGGGUACAACAUCAAAUACUUAAGAGACAACUUGGUUACAAACAACGGUGACUCGAUCAUAGAAGGCCCAGUGACUUUUGAGUCACUCGCAGUAGAAGGGUCAAUCACAACAGAGGGAGGUGUUGGAGCUAAUGGAUUAAGCUUGAGUGCCAUUGCUGAAGCUGCUGCCAAACUCUCUGGUAACAACUUGUUCACUGGUGACCUUGUGUUCAAUAGCAUGGUCCUGCAAGGUGAUCUGGGUGUGGAGGGACUGAUAGAUGGUGUGGAUCUUGCUGUUCUCCAGCACAAUGCUGUUUACACUGAUUCCUCAGAUCUUCAGGUUAUUACAGGCCUAAAAGUGUUUGAGGCUGGCUUCACUGUGAAAGGAGAUAUUAACACUAGUCUAACUAAUGGAGUGGACUUAUCUACAAGACUCUUCACCUUGCACACUGAUCAGGUCAUCACUGCACCAUACACCUUCACUGACUUGGGUGCCGAGACGGUGCAUUUACAAGGAUUUUUCAACGACAUGGAUCUGAAGAGACUAGCAAUGGGAGCAUUGAUGAGUGAGGAUAUUCUUAGUACAGGAAGUGUUACUUUCACAAAUGGUGUUGAAAUAAAGAACUUGGUAAUAGAGAAGACAUUGAAUGACAUUGACGUAAAAGAAAGAUUGGGCGAUGCUGUGAGGCUUGAGGAAAGUGGAUUAGCCAUCACCGGCACUAAGACUUUCACCACAAACACUCUUCUAAAAAAUCUCCAUGUUGAUUAUCUGAACGAUGUUUACCUGGAUGGGUUCUUGGCUAGACUAGUGAGCAGGGAUGCUAUCCACUCAUUGUCUAGUGUAGUGACUGUUAAUGGUGUGGUGUCUGCACCCUGGGUCAAUGCUGAAAACCUAAAGAUUGAGGGUACAAUUGAUGGGAUAGACUACCAGGAGUUGAAAGCUAAUGUGGUGUAUCUCUCGGGAGAGCAAGACGUUAAAGCGAAUUUGGUAUUCCUGAGUGACUUGUAUGUAAGAGGGAACAUAGAAGCUAUCAUGUUGAAUUCUUACAACCUGGCCGAAGACUACCUCACCACCAACACUGAACAGACAAUAAAUGUCACCACCACAUGUGGUAAUAUCCAGGCCACUUACAUUGAUGUUGAAGGCACUGUUAACAACUACAAUCUAACAAGAGAAAGAGAAAUAACAAUGUUGAGUGUGGGUGGGCAAGUAGUGUUGGGUACGACUACAAUCUCUGGAUCAGUGGUGGUGCUUAGCGACUUGCAAUGUGACGGUCGUGUGGGCAGUGAUGUUAUGGUGAAGCUUGCUGAUCAGGUGGUGCGCCUCACUGAAGAUGUGGAGAUUUCAGGUGGUGUCAAGUUCACGUCAAUCUUGACUACAACCAGCCUGUCGAGCUCCACUAGUAUGAUAAACGAUGUCAAUCUACCAGACCUAUAUGAUAAUGCUUGGUAUGUUGAUACACCACUGACCAUCAGUGCAAGAUUAGUCUUCAAUUCGCAUACUACUAUGAAGGCAAGUUUAGUGUGCAUGGGCCCCAUAGAUGAAUUUGAAGUGUCCAAAGCCUACAUGGAAAGUGCUGCUGCCUUGGCAAUUUAUCACAAUGUCACAGAAGAGUUUAAAGCUAAAUUUGAACACGUGUGUGAACCUAUUGCGUUGUUGUACAAGGCACUCGAAAACCUUGCCUAUGAAGGAGAUUACUUCACACACGAGACAGAUCAGAACUUCAACAAAGAACGUAGCUCUUCCAUAUCCUUUAAUGUUAGGGAUAAAACUUACUUGAUAUUAAGUUAUGAAGGAGAGUGCAUAUCAGACAUGUUCCUGUGGGAUAAGACUAGACUUACCUUUGUACAUCACCAGACCAUAAACACUGGUCAUGCCAAACACUGGCUUUUGCUGGAGAUGGAUAAGGUGUACAUUGCUAUGGCAGCUUCCUCUAUGAAUAACACUUGCCACCAUCAAAGCUCGUCAGUCUGGCUUCUCUCGGCAUCCAGUCUUGAACUGUUCCAAAUGCUGGUUGCUGGUGAGCACUUGUCUAGAGGAAUGGGUCCCGAUGGCCACCUGCUGCAUGUGCACUCCCAGCACAACACAAUCACCUAUACAUUUUUGAAGGAUGAAAAUUCCUGGAAAGAAGUAGAGGAAUCUCCUCUAGCAGACCAAGGUGAAGAAGUGAUGGGUGGUGAUGGAAGCUCUGUGUACUGGGUUCAUCAUGGUAACAAAGGUCAACUGUAUGUGAAUGGAGUCCCUCAAGGUGGAAGCUUAGAGCUUCCCAGAACUACCAUUGACCAUGCUAGUGUCUACAUCAGGCACACCAGAGUAAUACUCUUCCUUCUGGUCACAACACGAACCUACAAAGAACCCCUGCAUACACUACGGGUAUAUUACAUUGAGAAUGGACACCUGACUUGUGUAGCUACUGAAGAUUUGUCCACAUCUGGUCGGAUGUCUGUGUUCUUUGCUGGCAAUGAUGCUUCUGGAGCCCUAUUCAUAGUUAUUUCCCAACAUGAAUCUUGCCCACGUGUCUUCACAUUUAAAGGUAAGAUGGCACUACGAUGUUGGCAGCUGGCGGCAGUGAUGGUGCUGGUAAUGGCAGCCUCAGGGAUGGCAGCAGUGCGAGGCACCAUAGGUAAGUCAUCCCACAUGCCUGCGUCUCUACACCUGCGUCUCACCUUCACCAGCAGUAAAUAG